GGAGUAUAUACCGUAUACCGAUAUACCGUACACCGAGUAUAGUACAUAUAAGUGAGAAAUCAAGAUGGCACCCAACCCUGAAUUUCAUUGAGAUUGAGACACAGGUGUCACUCGAUUCGUAAGAAAAAAUACAUGUCUAUAAUCUACACACUCCAUAAAAAUCCACCUGUGUAUUUAGUGUACUGUAAAAAUAUUUUUUAUAUUUUACUCUAUCAUAUUUAGAAUAAUUCCGAUACAUAUUAACAUAAACAAGUGGUGCAAUUUAUAGUUUUAAUAUUAUUAUCGUUAUGUUAUUUUAUUGUGAAGAACAAGUUAGUCAUUGAAAACAAUUGAAUGAAAACAAACAAUUAUUCAUCUUGGAACAAUCGAUGAGACUGAUUAAAAGUAUCAACAUUAUUUUUGUUUGUUACAUAAAGUAAUCCAUGGUUCAAUAAAUUAAUUAAUAUACAAUUAACAACACGAUAAAUAGUUUAUAAAAAUGGAUCGCUCACAGCACAGUAUGACUUUUACCGGCGGUGAUAGUAAUUUGCAAGACUAUUGGGAGGCUUAUCAAAAAAUGAUUGAGGAAACUAAAAUGCUUGAUGACUAUCUCGAUGAGGAGUCUAGUCCACGUAGCUAUGAUGAAGGAGAAGAAGAAGCCGAAUGGCUAAAAGCUGCCGGCCUAGGGGAAUUAACAGAGCCAUGGAAAGCGGGACGAGAAAUUCAGCCGGAAGAAUUGGGUGCUGCAUUGCGUACAUUAUCGCGUGCGCAAGCUGAAGCUGUAAAACGUCGUGUCAGGUCGCUAAAUCACACUGUUAAACAAAGAUUUAAUCAGCGUACUAGAGCACGUAAACCAGACAUUCGUGAUGUAUUCAAAGAUGUUGAGGUAUCGAGCGUAGGCACCAGAUCCCGUAGUGCGACACCAGAUUCAUUAGACAGUGUCCACGAUUCCGGAGAAACACCCGAGAGUGCCUCCCCCCCUUCGCCGCCCACCGUAGUGAAUACAGCCGUCGGGCCCCAUCACACGAGUAUAAACAUUCCGAGUUUCGUUUCGAUUUUCCACCGAAAUUCCCACGAUGAAAAGGACUUCAAAGACGGAAAUCGUCAGUCGUCAUCUAUCAGCACCCACAAUCACAAUUUGUCGAUAGUAACGCCAACGCCUCUGCCAGUCCAGGAAAUAUUCCGACGCACUGGGCAUCACUGGUCCCACGGUGGAGACAUAGCCAGCGAUUCGGAGGGAAUUGAAUUGACUGCGUACCAGAGACUGGGGACGAUAAGCUUGGCCAGACCGAUCAUCCAGCACCGAAGUGGAAGCGACCCCAGCGAAGUCGGGACUGAGAAGCUCGAUGCAAAAGUUGGGAAUGAUUACUUACGGACGGAUAAAAUCAGUGACCGCAAGGAAACUCUUAAAAGGGGCAUCAGUGGAGGCACCAAUCAUGCAAGUGUCACCCGAAGUCACAGCAGCUUGCACAGAACCAGACCAGCGGACCAUAUUAUCACCAGACCGCUCAACAGAACUUCCUCGCACGACCAUUUGAGUUUCGAGCAAAUGUGUCGAGCUAAUGAGUCCAUGACUGGAGUCGUUUCCUCCCAGGAUGACGAUGACUGGAAUAAUGAGGCAGAUCAGGACUUUGACAGAAGUGCGGUUGAACUCCUGUCCCAGAGGGACUUGAUGAGGCUACAGUCGUUGUUGUGGCUCGAACUUACUGCUGUAUUUGAUAAAUACAACUUGCCGCUGAUUAAGAGGAAGCCCAAUAAACGGAGGCAGAAAGCUGGUAAUUUAUUCAGCGUAUCAUUGUCAACUCUUCUGUUACGCGACAGUCAGUUGACAAACGAAGAAAACAAUAUUCCGCUGAUAUUCCAAAAACUUCUUACGGAAUUGACCGAGCGCGGAAUUAAAGAAGAGGGAAUCCUCCGAGUUGGCGGGAACAAGCAAAAAGUUGAGCAGCUUUGCACAGAAUUGGAGACGGAUUUCUACAGCAAGCCUAAGGAAGCUGACAAAUUAAUACAGCGUACUCCGUGCCAUGAUUUAUCAGCGGUGCUAAAAAAAUUGCUGCGUGAUUUACCUCAACCUCUGCUCACCGUAGAGUACAUCGACGCGUUCUAUCAAAGUCACGGUGUUAAAAGUCCCAGUGAUUUAUCGUACUCGUUGAAUUUAUUGGUGUUGUUGCUGCCAGUGGAGCAUCGCUGCACGCUGAAAGCGCUGCUUAAAUUUUUAAAAUUAGUCAUUGAUAAUCAGAGUUCAAACAAAAUGUCAAUUCACAACGUUUCGAUGAUCGUCGCGCCGUCAUUAUUUCCCCCGAGGUAUAUUUAUCCACGUGAUCGCUCGGAUUUGAGUGCUCAGGUAAACAUGGCUGCUGUUUGCUGUCAAUUAACAGAAGCGCUCCUCAAUAAUGUUGAUAAGUUAUGCAAUGUUCCAAGCAAUUUAUUUAAUCAACUGAGAAGACAAUCUGAAGAGGACAGGUAUCGUAAAUAUAAGAAGAAAUAAUAUUAUCUUUUUUGAUAUUUUUAGCUUUUGUUUUUAUGCGAUGGAAAAAAAAAAUUUUACUUCAUUCAAAAGGAA